AUGUCUCCAAUUCUUAGGAAAUUCUCUUCACUAUCGUGUCAAAUCUUAUUUAUUCGACAAGCGUCGCUGCGCUCCAUCAAACCCAAGUGGUUUCACAGCACUGAUGUACCCAUUUCCAAGCCAGAGUGGUUCGAUUAUGCUCCGGACAAAGAACCAGAGAAGUUUGUGCCGUUUUCUGACUACGACGGCGCCAGGUUGGAGGAUGCGUUUAAACGCAACAAGGGAAAGGUAGACGUUAAAGAAGAUCGCUUAUUUCUGGUUGACUUGGAUUCAAUGCAAUUGGCUCCAGUGUACUGGAAAGGUCCUAUCUAUGAAGUGAGAAGAGGCACUUGGUUCACAUCGGAUGGGAUGCCUUUGUCUGAAGAAAUUACUCAGAAGGUGGAAGCAGGCUACCAGAAAGUCAAUCCUGGUGCAUUGGAACCUCAGGAGCUGAAUUUUGCUGCCGAAUUUGCAAAGUCUCCAAAGGAUACCGUGAGGAGGUUUGAGAAGCAAGUCAAGGAAAAGACUCGGAAUGAUGCAAUUGAUAUCGACCUGGAAUUGGAUGUGAUUGAUCUUGGAAAUGGCAAUGCCGUGGUAUAUUUUGACGAUAGCCAUGGAGCAAUGUUUCCCAGUGACUUUGGAAUGUUCCAGUUGAACGUCAUCCGGUCUCUUCAGCCUCAACUGGGCUCUCUUUUGUCUGUGGUGCCUAUUCAACGUGGUUAUACCAAAGGAAUGGACUCUUCCAUUAUCGAUGACGUCAAAUCCGUCCAGGUUCCUUCAUUAUCGGAGAUUUUCCUGAAUGAGGUUCUCCGAGUUUUUGCCAAGGAUAAUUCGAAGUCCAGCCCUGAGCUCGAUAAUGAUUCCCCGGAGGAAUUACUCCAGAAUGUGUUGGAGGCUGAUUAUGAGCAAGGUGUAGAAGCAAGAACUUCGAAAAGAGAAGUCGACCACUUGGUGCUUUGUAUCCAUGGCAUUGGUCAGAUCUUGGGCUACAAGUACGAGUCAGUGAACUUCACCCACAGCGUCAAUGUGUUGCGUAACACCAUGCGAGAGGUGUAUAAGAAUGAGAAAAAAUACCACAAGUUGGCAUAUGGUGAAAAUGCUGACGAGAAGGAUGAAGAUUACAUGAACAAUAACCGGAUCCAAGUUUUGCCAAUUUCCUGGAGACAGGAGGUUUCAUUCCAUCCCAGAAAGCCAUUCAGCGUGAUGGACUCCGAUGUGGAGCGUCGUCUUCCCAGUUUGAGCGAGAUCAACGUUGAUGGACUCACAUCACUUCGAGAAGUGGUGGGUGAUGUACUUUUGGAUAUUCUCCUCUACUACGAGCCCAGAUACAUGAAGCAGAUUAUGAAGGCUGUGGUCACUGAAAUAAACAGUGUUUACAAGCUCUACAUGGAGAAAAAUCCCCAGUUUAACGGAAAGAUCCAUGUGUUGGGACAUUCAUUAGGAUCUGCUAUCGCUUUUGAUUUGCUUGCUUAUCAACAAGAGAUCAAAGACGAUUCAAACGAAUACCAGCUAGCUUUUGAUGUGGAGAAUCUCUUCUGUGUGGGGUCUCCAGUUGGAGUGUUCAAGUUGCUUCAACAGAAAAACAUUGCUUCCAGAGCAGAUGUUGGAGUAGACUUUGACUCGACAGAUUUAACUGCUCAUGUCUCUUCACCAAAGUGCAAGAACUUGUAUAAUGUUUUCCAUCCCUGUGAUCCCGUUGGUUACAGAAUGGAGCCAUUAGUUAAUCCCAAGUUUGCCAACUUUCGAGCAGAAGGUGUUCCAUUUGCUAUGGAGGGAUUCAACACACAAGUGCAAUCGCUCACUUCCAUUGGUGACGAGUUGACUGACAGGAUCUCCCAGGCAUCCAGCUGGUUCAAGAGUGAUGCAACUAAAGCAGUGAGUAAAGCUGCACCUGGCAAGGAAGAUGCCUUACGAGACGUUAUUUAUUCGUUGACUAGUGCUAGAGGAAAUAAAGGCUCAGGUGGCAAGUCCAAGUCGCAGAAUUUCGGUAAUGAGGACUUGAAGCAGCUUUACAAUUUAAAUAGCACGGGACGUAUCGACUAUAGUCUUCCAAUGGGCGUGUUCAGCAUAGCACUUGUGUCAGCCCUCAGUGCCCAUGUUUCCUAUUUUGAAGACGAGGAAACGGCAGGCUUUGUGAUGAAGGAGAUCCUCACAGGCUCACAGGAACCACCAAUGGAGAAGAAGGUGCAACUAUAUAAAUAA